CACAUGCACCGGAAACAUGGCGGCGCUCACGGUCGAAACGCAAAUCGUACCAGCUAAAAAAUCAACCGGUCCUGGGUCUAACUUUCGUCAUCUGCUUAGAAAACAUGGGAGACCAGUUGGGGGACCCUGCUAAGCAUACGAGGACCACGGCGGGUGGCCAAUCAAAUUCCUGAUGAAAUCCUGCAAGACCCAGAGUUACAGGAGGCUAUCCGUGCUUUGCCUUCAAAUUACAACUUUGAGAUCCACAAGACAGUCUGGCGGGUGAGACAGGCCACGUCUAAGAGAGUGGCCCUGCAGCUACCGGAGGGACUGCAGAUGUUUGCCUGUGUCAUCGCUGACAUCAUCGAGAGGUUCACAGAGGCAGACACCAUUGUGAUGGGUGAUGUGACGUACGGAGCCUGCUGCGUGGACGACUUCACGGCUCGGGCCCUGGGGGCAGACUUCAUGGUGCACUACGGCCACAGCUGCCUCAUCCCUAUAGACUCCACAGCAGGCAUUAAGAUGCUGUACGUGUUUGUUGAUAUCCAGAUGGACAACGCACACUUUCUGGACACGGUCAAGUUCAACUUCCCCCCUGGACACUCUCUGGCACUUGUCAGCACUAUCCAGUUUGUGGCUGCACUGCAGGCGGUGAGUGCAGCUCUGAGGCCAGAGUAUGAGGUGGUGGUUCCUCAGUGUCGACCCCUGUCCCCUGGAGAGAUCCUGGGAUGCACCUCCCCCCGCCUCGACCGAAACCUCAACGCCAUCAUCUACCUGGGAGAUGGCAGGUUCCACCUGGAGUCCAUCAUGAUUGCCAACCCAGAGAUACAUGCCUACAGGUACGACCCGUACAGUAAGAUAUUCUCCAGGGAGUACUAUGACCAUGAAGCCAUGCGGUCCAUCCGGCUCCAGGCCAUCGACAAGGCUCGCUCUGCCCAGAGAUGGGGCCUGAUCCUGGGCACGCUGGGCCGGCAGGGCAACCCUAAGGUCAUGGAGCACCUGGAAUCCAAGCUUGAGUCUCUUGGCAAGUCCUUCACUCGAGUGCUGCUGUCUGAGAUUUUCCCCAGCAAGCUGGACCUGAUGGCAGAAGUGGAUGCGUGGGUCCAGAUCGCUUGCCCGCGUCUCUCCAUUGAUUGGGGCACAGCCUUCUCCAAACCCCUGCUGUCUCCCUAUGAGGCAGCUGUGGCUCUGCAGCAGGUGGGCUGGCAGGAGGUGUACCCCAUGGACUUCUACUCCAAUCAGAGCCUGGGGCCAUGGGCGCCCAACCACCCCGACAACCAACCAGCUCGGCCCACCCGCAAACAGACACAGAAGACUGUCUCACAGCCAGCCCCUAUCUCCACUCCCUCACAGCAGUCUAAGCUGUGUGGACAGAACCAGUGCGCCCCUUUUGGCUGUCAGGGAGAAUGACAUGUACACCUCCCCUGCUGGCUGCCAACCAGCUGAAGGAGCUCAGGAGGGCUUUCACUCUGAGCCCUGCUCAACACCUCACCUCCCCCAGGAGACAGAGAACCAGAGACACUUCACCUCAGAUACCCCUCUAUUAUAUUUACUGUCCUGAUGGAAUGGACAUUACUGCAUCAAAGUUUGAGAGAGAGAGAGAGAUUUAAUAUUUUAACCAACAUGUCUACCAAUCAGUAGCAGUUAGAAGUGUGUGUCAGACAGAAGCUCCUGGUUAGGGCUGUGUAUUAGUCAGUCACGACUUGCUCUCUACUCAUUAUUUAUUAAUGACAGGAGUCUUUCAGUGUGUGUGUGUGUGUGAGAUGUGGCCUAGGCUGGUUCCCUGAGUACAUCUCCCUAGGUUAUCUACCACAGUCUCUUUGAUGUCACAAGCCC